AGGACUUCCAGAUCAGACUUCACUUCACAGCUGACAGAGCAGGAACAGAAAAACAAGUUCUGACACCUGUUGAAUCUUCACACGAUAAACGAUGACGACACAUAAAGAAGUCCUUCUGCAGACCUUGGAGGACUUGGGAGGUGAUGACUUCAAAAAAUUCAAGUGGAUACUGAGUCAGAAGGGGGCCCUGGAGGGUUUCCCAUCAAUCCCAACAAGUCGGCUGGAGAACGCAGACAGGCUGGACACAGUCGAUCAAAUGUUCCAGACCUACUCAACCAACACCAUUAAAGUUACUAAAAUGGCUUUGGUGAAGAUUGACAAAAAUGAUCUGCUGAAAAAUUUGAAAGACACAACCUCAGAACCCACAGAGAUUCAGAGAUUGUGUCAGCACAAGUUCAAGUCAAAUCUGAAGAAGAGGUUACAGUGUGUGUUUGAGGGGAUCACUAAAGCAGGAAACAAAACAAUUCUGAAUCAGAUCUACACAGAGCUCUACAUCAUAGAGGGAGGGACUGCAGAGGUCAGUAAUAAACAUGAAGUCACUCAGAUUGAAACAGCAUCCAGGAAACUAGACAGACCAGAAGCAACAAUUAGACAGGAAGCCAUCUUUAGAGCCUCACCUGGAAGAGAUGAACCAAUCAGAACAGUGCUGACAAUGGGAGUGGCUGGCAUUGGGAAAACAGUUUUAGCACACAAGUUCACUCUGGACUGGGCUGAAGGAAAAACAAACCAGGACAUCCAGUUCAUGUUUCCAUUCACUUUCAGAGAGCUGAAUCUGCUGAAAGAGGAAAAGUUCAGCUUGGUGGGACUUGUUCAUCACUUCUUUACUGAAACCAAAGAAGCAGGAAUCUGCAGCUUUGAAGGCUUCCAGGUUGUGUUCAUCUUUGAUGGUCUGGAUGAGUGUCGACUUCCUCUGGACUUCCACAAAACUAAAAUCCUGACUGAUGUUACAGAGUCCACCUCAGUAAAUGUGCUACUGACCAACCUCAUCAAGGGGAAAUUGCUUCCCUCUGCUCACCUAUGGAUAACCACAAGACCUGCAGCAGCCAAUCAGAUCCCUUCUGACUGUGUUUGUAUGGUGACAGAGAUCAGAGGGUUCACUGACCCACAGAAGGAGGAGUACUUCAGGAAGAGAUUCAGAGAUAGGGAGCAGGCUGGCAGGAUCAUCGCCCACAUUGAGACAUCACAAAGCCUCCACACAAUGUGCCACAUCCCAGUCUUCUGCUGGAUCACUGCUACAGUUCUGGAGAAUUUCCUGAAAACCAGUGAGGGUCGAGAUUUACCCAAGACUCUAACUGAUAUGUACAGCCACUUCCUGGUGCUACAAGCUAAAGGGAAGAAGGGCAAGUCUAAUGGCGGAGCUGACAGAGAUUCAUGGUGGAGUCCCGAAAUCAGGAAGAUGAUUGAGUAUCUGGGAAAACUGGCCUUUGAUCAGCUUCAGAAAGGAAACCUGAUCUUCUAUGAAUCAGACCUGACAGAGUGUGGCAUCGAUAUCAGCGAUGCCUCAGUGUACUCAGGAAUGUUCUCACACAUAUUUAAAGAGGAGAGAGGACUGUACCAAGACAGGGUGUUCUUCUUCACCCAUCUGAGUGUUCAGGAGUUUCUGGCUGCUCUUUAUGUCCAUCUGACCUUCAUCAACUCUGGAGUCAACCUGCUUAAAGAAAAAACAUAUCAGUUGUCUAAAGUUUUCAGAAACAAACAUACAGUUAAACAGUUUUACAAGAGUGCUGUGAAGAAGGCCUUACAGAGUCCAAAUGGACACCUGGACUUGUUCCUCCGUUUCCUCCUGGGUCUUUCAAUGCUGAACAAUGAGAGUCCCUCACAAGGCCUGCUAACACAGACAGGAAGUAUCUUACAGAAUAAUCAGGAAACAGUCCAGUACAUCAAGAAGAAGAUCAAUGAGAAUCUGUCUGCAGAGAAAUGCAUCAAUUUGUUCCACUGUCUGAAUGAACUCAAUGAUCGUUCUCUAGUGGAGGAGAUCCAACAGUCCCUGAGAUCAGGAAUUCUCUCCACAGAUAAACUGUCUCCUGCUCAAUGGUCAGCUCUGGUCUUCAUCUUACUGUCAUCAGAAAAAGAUCUGAACGAGUUUGACCUGAAAAAAUACUCUGACUCAAAUUCAGAGGAAGCUCUUCUGAGACUGCUUCCAGUCGCCAAAGCCUCCAAGAAAGUGCUGUAG